AUGGCUGAAUACAUAAUAUCAAUAUAUGGAAGCAAGAAAAGUGAGUGGGACAAUUUGGCAAGAUGGAUUGUAAACAAUGAAUUAUAUAGUGAGAAUGUUGUCUGGUUGAUUCAGCUACCCCAGCUUUACAACAUAUACAAAGAAAUGGGUAUUGUGACAUCAUUUCAGACCAUUCUGGAUAAUGUCUCCCUUCCACUCUUUGAGGUUACAAUCAAUCCAGAUUCACAUCCCCAGUUGCAUGCAUUCUUGAAACAGUUCUUAGUUUGCAUUGCGUUCAUACCUCUACAUUCUAUUCCAUUAUAUGGUGGGUUGGCCAGCUUCACAGAUGUAAGAGUAUUAUAUGCUGUGAGAAUCUUUCUUGGCCUUCUUUCUGUCAUAUCUGAAGCUGCUUUAGUAGUAGCACUUUCUAGAAAGUAUGGGAAACGCCUUGCUUGUUACACACUCGCCCUUUUAUGCUUAACAAGUGAUUGUUUUUUUGCUAGAACAAGUUUUUUGCCAAGUUCUUUUUCUAUGUAUGCAAUUUCUCUCUCUUCAGCAUUGUUUCUUUUUGGGAUGCAUGUCAUGGUUGUUGCUGUUGCAGCAACUGGAGUUAUUAUUGGUUGGCCAUCUUCAGUCCUUGCUUUUCUUCCAGUAACAGUCUACUCUCUUCUUCGAAAAUUCAAAAGGGCAUUUAUAUCAGGGGCAUUUAUGUCAAUUACACUUUUGCUGACAGAAGCAUUUGGGAAGUUCUAUGGAAGCUCAAAACAGGGAACCAGCAUUGAUAAAUCUCGUGUUGGUGUUCAUGACAACUGCAUCAAAGCUUUCUCUAAAGAAACAAUCUACUCCACACUUGGUAAAAACAAGAAACAAUGUCGAUUCAGCAACAGCACCGCUGUGAACAUAACUUGCCAAUCUUUUCAAUAUAAAGGGGGGAGAGGAAAAGCAAAAGACAUACCCUCUUUCUCAACAAAUAAUUCAGGCAUCUUCCCACGAGCCUUCCAAGCAGCACUCAUCCCAUCGGUGGCCAAGAAACAAUCAAGCCAAUCUUCACCGGUGAUACUGAUCUUCUCCAAGGCAUCGACCAGUUCCUUGUCAGUGCUAAACAACACAGGGGAACGGUCGAUGUACACCUUAGUCCUCAGGGACUCCCCAGCGGUGAAAAAGGGUUCGAGUCCCCAACUGAGUGGAGGAGUUAAAGAAGUGCUUGAAAGCAAGAACGGUCGGCAAGCGCAGAACUGCCUCAAACAAGGCAAUUGGGAUCCCAACUUUUCCCUUAGGAGGACUAUACAUAUAGGCAUCAGGCAAGGUAACGAACCCGAAUUGGAGCUCGCAAGACUCCCAUUCCUCGGUGGUAAGAUCUCUUCCUAA